AUGGGGGAUGUUGCACAUUCCGAUUCGCAGAAUGAGUCCACUGAGGUAAAGUGUUCGUCAACAAAAGUGGCACCUUUGGAGGAUGGAAAAAAAUCAGAGCAACAAGACGAAAAUACCUUAGUUAACUCUAGGGUGGCGAGGCUGAGUAUCUGUGAAGGAAAUGCUAUCACAGACGACAUUAUUCUUAGUCUGAAAAGUAAGGAUAAAGUAGAUCAGGAUGCGGAUUCGACCAAUGGAAGCACUGACUCUCAGGGAAAGCGCACUAAAACGUCUAAAAGAAGAAGAAGAUCCAGUGCUGCUGUCCCGGGACCUGGAAAGUUAAAGCCGGCUCCUAAACACAGUGCUUCGGGCACUAUACAAGUCAAGAAGAAGAAGAAGAUUUUGAAGCCACUGCUGGAGGUUAGAGACCGCCUUGAUAGGAAAAUCAAUGUAAGAGAGCUGAGAGAUUUAGUUGUAUAUGCGAUGGAUGGGAAUAACAACGCUCCAAAGUGGGUGACAAUCGAGAAUAGGAGUGCAAUACAAAAAGUGAUCGUUCUGCUUGUUCCUGGUUUGCAGGUCGAGGAUUUUAAUCUCCCCAAAGGCUCGAAAUUCAGUGAGAGUAAAGAACAGUUACGAGAAUCUCAUCUCAAAGGUCUGAAUGACCCAACCAUAAUAAAAGAGUUGCAGGCCUUUCCUGUUUCUGCUCCUGGGUCCAAUACUUCACUUUUUUCAGCUUACAAUUCUUUUGUGAACGUACAGCUUUCCAAGAACGAGAAGAAAAAGCGUAGAGAGGAGCUUGAAAAUAGGAAAAUUACUAUAAAUGAUCUACUUAUGAGUGUUGAUGAUUUGCUUGAAAAUGACUAUCCAAUCCACAUGGAAACCGCUGGUCUGACUGACGAACUGCGGAAUGAACUCACUCAGAGAUACGAAGAACAACCCGUCAAAUAUUUACCAACUCUAAGUUUUGAACACGAGGGCUCUCAUAUAUUUGCCCUAGAUUGUGAAAUGUGUCGGGCGGAGGAAGGACUAGUGUUGGCAAGAGUAAGCAUUGUAAACUUCAAUUUGGAAGUGGUUUAUGAUAAACUUGUCAAGCCUAGUGUUCCAAUCAUAGAUUAUAUGACAAGAUACAGCGGAAUAACUGAGGAGAAACUAUCGGAUGUAACUACCACUUUACAAGAUGUUCAGCAUGAUAUUUUGAAAAUAGUCGGCACAGAAGAUAUACUUAUAGGUCACUCACUUCAGAGCGAUUUUGACGUCCUACAGAUGAGACACCCGAAGGUCGUCGACACAGCGGCUAUAUUCGACCACAAGGCUGGACCACCAUUCAGACCUGCGUUGCGUUAUCUGGCAUCCACUUUUUUGAACGACGAUAUACAGAAUGAUAACGGUCUAGGUCAUGAUUCCAUCGAAGAUGCCACAGCUUGUAUGAAGCUUGUCAAGGCGAAGAUCGCUAACGGCAUGGGAUUUGGUCUAACGAUCAACACUGAGAAUUUGUUCAAUAAACUAUCCAAAGUGGGUGUAAAGUCAAUGCGCUUGAGCGAUACAGGUCCCAAGUUACACGUUGCUGGAACAAAUCACCUUGAAUCUGCCAUACGAUGCAGAUCAGAUAGAGAAAUUAUGUCCGUAAUGACUGAAAACCUCAACAAAUAUGACCUGUUUGUUUGUCGGUUAAGAGGACUAGAGUUUGGCAGAGGAUAUGCCACUCCAUCAGCGUUACGUCCUUGCGAAGUAUCAACCCCAGAAGAUGCUCUUGAAUUUUUUUCUGCCUCGUUGCAAGAAGUCUAUGCGAAAUGUUGUUCAGGAACUAUGAUAAUGGUUAUGUCUGGAUCUGGUGACACUAGGCAGUGGAGCGGGAUAAUGAAAGAACUCAAUGACCUGGAUAAGGAAGUUAGAGCUGAAGAAAGGCAAAAACUUCAAAAGGAAAUUGAAGAUGCGGUUGAAGUCGCUAGAGAUGGUGUAGGUUUUAUUAUUCUCAAACGGAAUGGGCCACUUGAGUAG